AUGUAUAGAAUUGAAUAGAAUGAAUACUAGUUAUUUAUAGUAAAUGGCAAAUCAGAUGUUGGUGUUUCAUUGAUCCCUUCUAAUAUUUCUCGCUUAACGUAAUUGCCAUCGUUUAAUUCCUAUUUCAGUUUGAUACCUCAAGAAUACACAUAUUAGGCUACAAUAAAAAAGUAAAGUGAUGAAAUUGAAUCGGUUGUAAUAAUCGGGUUAUAUAAUUUUAAUCAAACAUCUGAGGCAGAAAUAUAGUUAUCUCUAAAUGAAAUUAUUGGUUCUGAUAAUAUCUUCCCUAUUUGGGGAAUCCUAGUCAUAAUAGCAGUAAUAGUUUUGGCAAUAUUGAGCAUAAUUUACUUGACAGUUUAAUUUAGGAAAUAAUUAAAAGUACUUUCUUUAGAAACCCCUGAAAUUGGUUUAGAGAUAUUAAAUAAAUAUAUGCCAAUUAAAAAGGUACAAGCCUCAAUGUUGAAUGAAUUUUGUUGCAUCUGUUUAGCAAAUUAUGAAGAAAGUGAUACUAUAAGAGAAACCCCUUGCAAUCAUAUUUUUCAUGAUAAAUGUAUAAUCGAAUGGUAAGAAUCAAAUUAAUUCAGGUUUAAGAAGAGCAAAAGUUGCCCAAAUUGCCGUUUGGAAUUUACAGAAGAAGAGUUCUCAAGAUUAAUGUUGCAAAAACAAACAGAUUCAAGUCCUGAGAAUAAAAAGCAUUAAAAUUCUACUUUUAUAUAAAGAGUUACAAGUAUAAAAUUAAUACAAAAUACAAAUCCAUAACAAAGAAGAAAUCUUGAGGAUUCUACUUCUUAAUUAAAUCAAGUAGAAGAAAUUCCCCAACAAACUUAUGUUUAACCCUUCAACAUUUUUGAUUAAGCUGAAUAAAAUUGA